AUCUAUGCCAGUCGAAUAUAAUUGGGUGGGGGACUAUGAAGAUCCAAAUAAGAUGAAGAGAGAUAGUAGAAGAGAAAACUCUCUCCUUCGGUACAUGAGCAAUGAAAAAAUUGCUCAAGAAGAAUACAUGUUUCAGAGAAACAGCAAAAAAGACACAGGGAAGAAGUCGAAAAAGAAGGGUGAUAAGAGUAACAGCCCAACUCACUACUCAUUGCUGCCUAGUUUGCAAAUGGAUGCACUGAGACAAGACAUCAUGGGCACACCAGUGCCAGAAACCACACUGUACCAUACAUUUCAGCAGUCCUCUCUGCAGCACAAAUCAAAGAAGAAAAACAAAGGAGCUAUAGCAGGCAAGAGCAAAAGGAGAAUUUCUUGCAAGGAUCUUGGCCGUGGUGACUGUGAGGGAUGGCUUUGGAAAAAGAAAGAUGCAAAGAGCUAUUUUUCACAGAAAUGGAAGAAGUACUGGUUUGUCCUAAAGGAUGCAUCCCUAUACUGGUACAUUAAUGAAGAGGAUGAAAAAGCAGAAGGAUUCAUCAGUCUGCCUGAAUUUAAAAUCGAUAGAGCCAGUGAAUGCCGCAAGAAAUAUGCAUUCAAAGCCUGCCAUCCUAAAAUCAAAAGCUUUUAUUUUGCUGCUGAACAUCUUGAUGACAUGAACAGGUGGCUUAAUAGAAUUAACAUGCUGACUGCAGGAUAUGCUGAAAGAGAGAGGAUUAAACAAGAACAAGAUUACUGGAGUGAGAGUGACAAAGAAGAAGCAGAUACUCCAUCAACACCAAAACAAGACAGCCCUCCACCCCCCUAUGACACAUACCCACGGCCUCCCUCUAUGAGUUGUGCCAGUCCUUAUGUGGAAGCAAAACACAGCCGGCUUUCUUCCACAGAGACCUCUCAGUCUCAGUCUUCACAUGAGGAGUUUCGCCAGGAAGUUAGUGGGAGCAGUGCCGUGUCCCCCAUUCGCAAGACCGCCAGUCAGCGCCGCUCCUGGCAGGAUUUAAUCGAGACACCGCUGACAAGUUCAGGCUUACACUAUCUUCAGACUCUGCCUCUGGAAGAUUCUGUCUUCUCUGAUUCGGCAGCCAUCUCCCCUGAGCACAGGCGGCAGUCCACUCUUCCGACGCAGAAGUGCCACCUCCAGGAUCACUAUGGCCCAUACCCUUUAGCUGAGAGUGAGAGAAUGCAAGUGUUAAGCAACAAUGGCGGCAAGCCCCGAAGUUUUACUCUGCCUCGAGAUAGCGGCUUCAACCACUGCUGUCUGAACGCACCAGUUAGUGCCUGUGACCCACAAGAUGACAUCCAGCCACCAGAGGUGGAGGAAGAAGAGGAGGAGGAAGAAGAGGAAGCAGCAGGAGAAAACAUUGGAGAGAAAAAUGCAAAUAGGGAAGAAAAGUUAGGAGACUCCUUGCAAGAUUUAUACAGGGCACUGGAGGAAGCCAGUCUGUCACCACUAGGAGAACAUCGCAUUUCAACCAAGAUGGAAUACAAACUAUCGUUCAUAAAACGGUGUAAUGAUCCUGUGAUGAAUGAAAAACUGCACAGGCUGAGAAUUCUUAAAAGCACUUUAAAGGCCAGAGAAGGGGAAGUAGCCAUCAUUGAUAAAGUCCUAGACAAUCCAGACUUGACAUCUAAAGAAUUCCAACAAUGGAAGCAGAUGUACCUCGACCUUUUCUUGGAUAUCUGUCAAAACACCACCUCAAAUGACCCACUGAGUAUUUCUUCUGACGUAGAUGUUCUCACUUCCUCUCUAACACAUACUCACUCGUACAUUGAGACACAUGUGUAAGUGCAUUCUGCCUUGAGGCCAUCUAGUACCUGCUGGUACUCUGAAUAAGUAUAUAAGGUAGUUUUUUAUCAGUGUGUUGGAUACUUGACAAGCUAUACUUUAAUGUUACCAAACUAUAUGAAACAAAGCAUACAUGGUCACAUUACCACUGUCUUUAAAGAGCAUUUGUAUGUUUUAUAUGCAGUCAGUGCUCAGCUUAUGUUUACCAUGUGCAAAAUCAACUAUCUUUAAUGACUUAAAUUAACUUUUGCAGACAAUUCUGAAAACAGGUGAU